AGUCCUUGUUGCGAGCCCGCCGGCAUUUUGAUUCAAAAUGUCCUCGGAAGCUCAGAAUUAUUCCGGGGAUGAAGGAGAGGAGUACAAUAGCCCCUACAGGAAAAAUCCGCCUCGGGUUCGGAAGAAAAACCGGUACUAUAGUGAUGAUUAUUACGAGCCCCCAACAAAUUACAAACCCCGAUUACUGCAUUCCCCAAGACCCCCAGUACAAGCAGAAGAAAUGUCACCAAAAGUGAGGAAGCCUGCUAAACUGGUAUGUUAUAUCACCAAUGUAACUUCGUAGCAUAAAUCAAUGAUUGGGCAUAUGCCCUGGCGUACACAAAUGCAUCAUCCUGAAAGGCGAAUGGCACAAACAAAUGCCGUCCGUUUGCGGAAUGUUUUAAAGCUACCAAAGGCACAUAAAUGGGUGUUUUACGAGUGGUUCUACUCCAAUUUGGACAGGUAAUAUAGCCUUCGAUUGUAUUCCUCCAGACCUUUAUUACUAGGCGAAAAUGAUUUCCGCAUUUGUCUUCGUGAGAGCUUUCCAAACGUCAAAACUCGCCGUUUAUCACGUGCUCAUUGGUCGUUAUUACGUCGUUUGAUGGGAAAGCCACGUCGUUGUUCUACAGCUUUCUUUGACGAAGAACGUCGUUCCCUUAAUGAAAAGCGUGAAAAAAUCCGCACCUUGCAAGCUACUCGGUCAGUGCAACUAGAGUUCUUAAGAGAUCUGCCGGACGAUAUGCACGUUCCAAUGCCAUUAAUAAUAGGGACGAAGAUAACCGCUAGGGUUCGCUACCCAACGGAUGGUUUGUACACUGGGAAAGUUGACGCUAUCGAUGCACUAAGACAUUGCUAUCGUGUCACUUUCGAUAAGCCUGCUCUUGGCACUCGGUCAAUACCUGACUAUGAAGUCCUGAGUAUUUUACCCCAAGAAACUAUACCUUUGUCUGCAUACAAAACCCAGCACAAAGCCAGUCGUAAUCUUUUCAUGAGUCCCGCUCGACUUCUGGCACAAUCUGCUUUACAGGGCAAACGUCAUCAUAUGCAUCAUCAUAAAUUCGGACAUGGAAUAGGACAAGGUGGUGGUGGGUCCGGUGAUUUAGCUGUUCAUGACUGCCCUUUAUGUCAGUCGGAAGCUGCAGCUGCAGCUAGUGGUGGAACUAUUGGUGGUAGUCCGUCGACGAGAACUCCAAACUUCAUGACCACCACCUCUACCACUAAUAAUAAUAAUCUCUUGUCAACCCCGUUAAAACUCCCUGCAAUUAGCAGCGGUGACGUUGCUGCAUCAAUGGGCAGUGCUGCACUAUCUUUGAAUGAAUCUUCAGGUGGUCGCUUACUUCUCAAUGAGGCCGAUAUAUAUGGAGGGUAUCCAAUGAAAUUUUUAGUCAUGGUGACAAAAUUAUCUAAAAUUCUAGAAGUUAAGAAACGAUGUGUUGAUGAAUUACAAGAUUUAAAUGAUGAAGCAGAACGAAAAAUAUCUAAUAAAGCUGAAUUAUCUUUAGAAUUUCAACAUACAUAUCUCACUUUGGUUAUGCAUUUAGAACGUUUAAAUAAAGAAUUAAAUCAAUAUUUAGUACAUGUAUUACAAUAUGCAAAUGAAAUUGCUCAAGAACAUGGUGUAGCGCCGUUAGAACAAGCAGCUGAUUUCAAACAGCGUUGUGAUGAAGAUGCCUAUGAAAUCGUUACACGAAUAAAGAGUAUGCAGGCUCAAAAAUUCCGAAAUUUGAAAACAGUUGAUCUGAUUACAAAACUUGUCAGUUUACUUGUACAAAUUCGUUCACUAAGUGAACAUGAAGAAUCUACAUAUGAUUGUUCUAGUAUACAAGAAUCUUUACAUGAAUUAAAAUCGAGUAUUCAUUCUAGUAAUGUUCAUGUAUUUGAAAAUAGUGUGGAAAUCUCUAUCCAUCACACAUUAAGCGGUCUUUGUACAUUAAGUAAUUUAAAUUCAUUUUUAUAUACACAUCCUAAUCAUUUUCAUUAUUUAUAAUAAUGAUAAUCAUAAUCAUAAUCUUCCUUGUGAAUAAAUCAACAAAUCAAUGAUAUGAAAGUACCAUUAUGUUGAUGAUUUUCUCCCGGAAAAGAAAAAAAAUAUACAAAAAAUAAACGAUACACAAAAAGAGGAUGAAUAAUGAUUGUGUAGUAUCUUUUUUAAGAUUUUCGUUAUUCAUUAUUCUCCUUUUUUUUGUUGUUUUUGUUUUCUUUGGUGAAGUAAAAUGUUUAUGUUAAUAUAAAUAUGAAUUUGUUCUCUCGUAUAUUGUUUUGUUUUGUAUAAAAAAAUAUAUAUAUAUUGUAUUUA